AUGUCUAGAGAUAAUACCAAGCUAUCUCUCAAAGUCAUGUUCAACAAACACAAGUCCAAGGUUCUCUUCGCCGAAGCCAACACAGAUUUCGUCGAAAUUUUGCUAAGUUUCCUCACAUUGCCAUUGGGAAAACUCGUCACAAAUAUUCGAAAACACUACGGAGACGAAGCACCCGCCAUCGGAAGCUUGAACACUUUGCACCAAGGCUUAGCUAAUCUCGACAGCGCCCAUUUCUCCUUGCCAGGAGCCAAGGAGAUGCUGCUGAAUCCAGAAACUUCUUUUCGAGCCGAAUGCCGAAACCUAGCGAUUGAUAUCAGCAGCAGCCUCCGCGAGAGAAGAUACUACGUGUGUGAGGACUGGGAAUGCCCUAAAUCUGCUCACAAGAAUAUAAGCCUUUAUUCUGAUAUAGCAAAGUGUGCUUGCGGUGGAUCGUUGAAGACAGUUAUGGAGUUGCUCAAGUUUUCUUUAACUUCUGCAACUCCUUUGACCGACGUGAUAAUCAAGAAGACUCAGACCAGCUUCACCGCUGCAACGGGACCUGAGACUUUCUUACCUGAUAUUCAAAGAGAUGAUCAUGCAAACCCUAGAAAUUUAGUCUUGCAAGUGUGCUUGCAGAAAUCAACCAACAAAUUUUUGUUUGCUGUUGCUACGGCUGAGUUCGUGGAGCUUCUCCUCAGCUUCCUCACCGUUCCUUUAGGUGGAGUCGAGUUCCUUUUGAGAGGCAACACCGGUUUGAAAAACAUCGACAAUUUAUACCGAAGUGUGACAAAUGGGAUCGAUGAUAAGUAUUUUGAGAGUUUAGACAUUAAAAAUAGGCUGAUAAAUCCGAAGGUAGCUCAGGGUUUCUUUGCCAGAAAUGAUCAGUUUCUACCUCUCAGUGAAGCCUCUCCUACGCUGUAUUUCGAUUUUAAGAAGAACGAGCAGAAGAAGAAGAUGGAAUGCAGUUUUAGUGAGAGAGAUGGAAGUAGAGUUGUUCGUUCAUUCAACUUGAAUGAGGAAAUUAGUAGCAAUUAUGUCAAGAAACAAACAAUGUGUUUUGUUAAAGAUGAUUUAACUUUGAGCCCUAAUUUGGAAUCAACCUUCUCCAUUCUUGACGGUCUCGGAAUUCCUUUCUCGGAUGUGAUAGAAAUGGAUUUGCAAAUCGGACUUAAAGAGGCAUUAGGGAUACUCAAGGCUUCUCUUAUAUCGAAAACGGCAUUAACUGACGCAUUGAUCACACCAAUGCUAAACAAAAGAGUAAAAUUAGAGCGUCAGCCCAAGCAAGAGCCUUGA